CAGAUAUAGUGAUGCGGGUCCGGGGGGGAGGACCGAAUAUAAGUGAAUGCAGAGUCAUGCGGAGACGCGGAUAUAGUGAAUGCAGGCGUAUAGUGAAUGCCAGGGUCAGGAGAGCAGAUAUAGUGAAUGCAGGGUCCAGGAGGAGCAGGACUAGAUAUAGUGAAUUUACAGGGUCCAGGGAGACUAGAUAUAGUGAAUGCGGGGUCCAGGGAGACUAGAUAUAGCGAAUGCAGGGCCCAGGGGACUAGAUUAGUGAUGAGGGCCCGGGGGGGAACCGGAUAUAGUGAAUGCAGGGUCCGGGGAGACCAGAUUAGUGAAUGAGGGCCCGGGGGAAACCAGAAAAAAUGAAUGCGGGUCCCCGGGGAGCCCGGCUAUGUAAAUGCGGGGUUUCCGGGGAGCCCAGUAUAGUAAAUGCAGGGCCCGGGGGAGACCAGAUUUUUUUUAUGCGACUUGGGGGG